AUGACUUAAGUGAAAGUGGAUAGAAUGUGCAGCGUAUAUGUAAUUCCCGAGGAUGCUCCGAUGAGUUCACAGGAGAUAGCAAAGGCAUUCGACACAGGGAAGUUCGAUGAUAAAUUGAAAGCAUUGAAAUCGCUCGUUAUUCAGAUAAUCCAUGAUGAAUAAAUGCCUCGUAUGGUGAUGAACGUUAUCAACUCACUGGUGCCAUUGUCAGAUGAGACACAUUCAUUGAAAAAGAUUCUCCUCUUCUAUUGGGAAGUAAUUGAGAAAACUCAUCCAAAUGGUUCAUUGAAGGAGGAAAUGAUCCUCGUAUGCAAUAGUUUAAGGAAGGACUUGUUGCAUCCAAACGAGUACAUCAGAGGGAGAACACUCAAACUCUUGAGCAGAAUUCAAUUGCGUGGAAUCCUGGAGCCAUUGCAAACAGCAAUCGUAGAGAAUGUUACUCACAAACAUGUGUAUGUGAGAAGGAAUGCCGUGGUGUGUCUCUAUGAAAUAUUCCUGAACUUUGGAGAUGAUUUAAUCUCAGACUUGGAUGAACUGAUGGAGAAAUUGUUAUUGAAUGAAACAGAUUUAUCCACUAAAAGGAAUGCCUUCUUAUUGCUCUUCCAUGCCAAUCAACAAAAGGCACUCGACUACUUAAACAUCAACUAUUCAGAUGACAGCAAUUAAUUUGGAGACAUACUCCAAUUAUCCAUCUUGGAAUUGUUUAGAAAAGUGUGCAAAAAGGAUCCACUACAAAAACCUAAGUUAUUGAAGUCCAUUUAUCAAUUUUCAAAGUCCAAAUCAGCAUCUGUCUAAUAUGAAUGUGCCAACACUCUCUUUGCUGUGUCACCCAGUUUAGCAUCAUUAAAAAUUGCUGUGCAAAUCUACAUGUCUUUGAUCAACUCUCAGACUGACAACAAUAUCAAAUUGGUCAUUUUGGACAGAUUAGAGGCUGUCAAUCAAUUGAAUCCUAGAGUCCUUGAGGAUAGGACCUAAGACCUCUCCUAUUUGCUUAAUUAAUAGAGUAUCGAUAUUAGGAGAAAAGUGUUAAAACUCUUUUAAUUGAAACACGAAAAUGUUGUCUUGUUGGCUCAAUCAUUGCAGAAGGAAUUCCAAAAAUGCUAGAAUUUAAAUGAUUAAUCUGAAUACAAGAUAUUGAUGUUAUAAUUGAUCAACCCAAUGAUUCAUAAAUUCCCUCAGGUCCAUGAAGUUGUAGCCCAAACCUUCAUUGAUUCCAUCAUUUGCAACAAUAAAAUGGAUGAUCAAUGUGCUCAAUUAGCUGGACAGACACUAGUCAAAUUAGUUUAAUUAUCUGAUUAGCCAAUUCAACAUAAAAUCGUAACUGCACUUUCUAAUCGAUUCUUGGAUAUCCACCACAUGGAAUUAUACAAGGCCACAUUCACAGUUCUCGGGGAUUACAGUGUCAAUCCUAUUCGAUCAUUCAAUCAAAUCAAAAAGGCCAUAGGAAAUCUCCCUCUUGAACAUGAUAAGGCUGUGGUCAAAUAGGAAGAUGAAAGCAAAUAGGUAGUCAAAACUGUGAUCCUCCCUGAUGGUACUUAUGGCACUCAAGUGAUUGAGAAGCAAGACACUGAAGAACAUGUAUCCAAAUUAAGAGAAUUGUUGAUGCAAAACUCUUUCCUUGCUUCCUCCUUGAGUAGAGCCUUCAUGAAACUCUUAUCUAAGAUUCAAGAAUUCAACAAGUACUCCAGUUAGAUGCUCUUGAUCUUCUGCUCACUCUUGCGUUACUAUCAAAAGAACACUGCCAAAAUUGAUCAGGAUACUUUAGAGACCAUCACAUCCAGCAUCAGAAUCCUAACUGGCAAGAAUCCAUAAGAUAAAUUGUUAGAACAAUACAAAAAGUCUGAGGUCAUUCCUGAGUAGAAUGCCCAUUUCGGAGCUCAUCAAAAUUAUGACAAGAUUCUCAAACAACCCGAUGAUCCCAUCAUCAUUAGAUAACUAAAGGGAGUUUCUGAGUUCAAUGAAAUUGAUUUGGCCGAUGAUGAAACAUCCGUUGCUACCAAAUAGGAGGAGAAUACUUAUGUCUCCAGAUUAGGACACAUAGUCUAAUUGACUGGCUAUUGUGAUCCCAUCUAUGCUGAGGCAUUUGUUAAUGUGCAUAAAUACGACAUACAAUUCGAAGUCCUCAUGGUCAAUAGAUGGUCGAAGAUGGUUCAAAAUGUCUAGGUGGAGUUUAGGACUCAGGGAGAAAGCAAGGUCAUAGAGAAGGCCUAGGGUGUCAUCUUACAGCCUAAUUAAUCGGCCAGAGUUAGAACGACCAUCAAGUUCUCGUCACAAGAUAUCGGAGUGGUGUAUGGGGCUAUUCAUUAUGAGAACAAUGCAGGAAUCGAAUAGGCCUAUUUGGUGACUAAGGAGAUCAAUGUAGAUUUGAUUGAUUUCAUCAUACCUGCCACUGUUUCGAUCGAGCAAUUCAGAAAGUUCUGGGCUAAGUACGAAUGGGAAAAUAGGAUCGUGAUCAACACCAAUCAAAAUGAUCCCUUUAAGUAUGUGCAAUUCCUGGAAAAGCAAUUGAAGGUGAGACCUAUUGAAGAGAACCAUCCCAAAGGCAAUAUUAUUUGUGUUAACAUGUAUGCGUAGACGAAAUUUGAUGACGAUUUCGUACUUAAUGUGAGUGCUGAGGUGGUAAAUGAUAAAUUACAAGGAUUUGUGAGGAUCAGAAGCAAGGUCAGGGAAAUCGUUAUUAAUUUGGGAGACAAAAUUAAAGUAUUAUAGACUAAGAUUGAAUGAAAUACACAUAUAUAAUUUUAUUUCAGAUUAAAUAAUAAUAUAAUCAGUCA